AUGUACCUCAUAGCCCUGCUUCCUGUAUACUGUUGAAAGUUAAUCACCAUAGAGAACGACAAUUGGAGUGUCUUAACAACAGAGCAGAAAAAUGAAGCGAGUGCUUAGUUUCUUGCUGUGGGCCAUAAUCGCCAUCCGAGGACAUUUUUCCAAGAAUCCCUAUUCAAAGUGCACGGAUAAAUUGUUUACGAUUAAUGUGGUUCUAUUGAAUGAUUCUUCCUCUCCUUGGACCUUGAAUGAUGUAAUUCCAUGUAUAAAGCAGGGAAUUGAAUCUAUAAAUAAGGACCUACAAGGUUAUAAUGUCACCGUAAAUGCAUCGUAUGAAGGUUUUGACACAACAUCCUUUUCGUCCAAAGGAUGCUCCACAAGCGCCUGUGGAGGACUGAUGAAGCUUCAGAAAUUAUUUAAGGACGAUAACUUGGGCUGUGCAGUUGUGGGUCUCACAUGUACCUAUGCGACCUUUCAAAUUGUCUCUCUGGAUACAUUUUUGGACAUCCCUAUGAUAUCUGCAGGAAGCUUUGGGUUAUCCUGUGACUACAAGCCCAACUUGACCAGGAUCCUGCCCACAGCUAGGAAGAUCUCCAGGUUUUUCCUAAAGCUCUGGAGUUACCAAGGCACCGGGAAGGAACAUAAGUGGAAUUCAGCUUACAUCUACAAGAAAGAUAUAACCUCAGAGUCCUGUUUCUGGUACAUUAAUGCUUUGGAAGCUGGAUCAGCUGAAUUCGCCAUGGGUUUAGAGGUUAAUGAAGUCAUUCGGGACCUAAAUAAAUUUAAGGAGAUAGUGCAUGACCCAAAAAGGAAGAGUAACUUGAUCAUUCUGUGUGGAACGAACAGUGACAUUCAGACAUUAGUUGGUGACACUAAAUUGGAUGAAGAUAUUGUCAUCAUUCUGCUGAACCUGUUCAACCACAGCUAUUCACUCAAUGGUGACUCAAUGGACUACAUGAAGCAAGUACUGGUGGUCACCCUGCUUCCUUCACAAGGGAUCAAUGACAGCCAGAGGAACAUGAGUGACUACGUCAGGGGCUAUUCCGAAGCCGUUAAUCUCUUUGGAUCUGUUCUCAACAAGUUCCUGAAGAGGAAUCAGACCCCAACACGGGACGACUUCCGGCGAAAUUUUCGUAAUACUUCUUUCCCAGGGCUGAAUGGAGAAGUUUACCUGGAUGAACAUGGAGACCGAGAGUUUAGCCUGACUGUUCUAUACACUUCAAUCAAGACAACCAAAUACCAAAGAUGGUUCACCUUUGAAACACAAAUUAACAACAUAACUGACACCGAUUGCACUUCUGAUUUCGCAUGGAUGAAUGGGUUGCCCAGAAGUGAGCCAAAAAGCAAUUCAACAGAUAAUCGAACGUUGUCGUUCGCAGUGAUAGGUCUGACAAUCACUGUGGUAGUGGUUACGUUGAUCGCAAUGGUUGUACUGCGGAAAUACAGAAUGGAACGGAAAAUGCGUCUGAGGAAGUGGGCGCACAUUCCUAGUGAUCGGAUUGUACCACUGGAAAUAGCCGAGCACAGCUGCAUCAACCUAAAGAUUGAAGAAGACAAGAGAAAAGAUAACUUUUUGCCAAUCUUGAGAGCAAAAUACGACAAAAAGAUAGUUAUUUUGAAAGAGCUCAAACACAAAGAUGGCAACUUCACGGUGAAACAAAAGAUUGAACUCAACAAGUUGCUUCAAAUCGAUUACUACAAUUUAAUCAAAUUCUAUGGAACGGUGAAGAUUGACAUGGAGAUAUUCAAGGUGAUUGAGUACUGCGAACGAGGGUCAUUGAGGGAUGUUUUGAAUGAUACAAUAUCAUAUCCCGAUGGCACUUUUAUGGAUUUGGAGUUCAAGAUAUCAGUCAUGUACGACAUUGCAAAGGGUAUGUCAUAUCUACAUUCAAGCCAUGUAGAAAUGCAUGGAAAUUUGAAAUCCACAAAUUGUGUGGUGGACAGUCGGAUGGUGGUGAAAAUUACUGACUUUGGGUGUAACACCAUUGUUAUGCCACAGAAAGGUCUGUGGACGGCGCCAGAGCACCUGCGAAGGGAGGGAAUAUCUCAGAAAGGUGACGUGUACAGUUAUGGAAUCAUAGGUCAGGAGAUCAUCUACCGAAAGGAUACCUUCCAUUCUGAAGCAAUAAGCAAUCCUGAAGAGAAAUUGAAGAGGGUGAUGAUGGCAAAUGAAUCUCCACUACUACGACCCAGUCUUCCUUUGGAGACAGCCACAGACAAGGAACUAGAGGUCUACGGGCUGAUCAAGAACUGCUGGGAGGAAGAUCCGGAAAAGAGACCAGACUUCAAGAAAAUUGAGGCCACACUGGCCAAGAUAUUCAGCACGUUCUACAGUGAGAGCAACAAGAGCUACAUGGACACGCUGAUCCGCCGGCUGCAGAUGUACUCAAAGAACCUGGAGCACCUGGUGGAAGAGAGAACAGUCCUGUACAAAGCUGAACGCGACAGGGCAGAUCAACUGAACUACAUGCUGCUACCCAAGCCUGUAGUGAUACAACUAAAGACAUCUGGCCGGGUGGAGCCUGAGCUUUUUGAAGAAGUGACCAUCUACUUCAGUGACAUUGUGGGGUUCACCACCAUCUGUAAAUUCAGCACUCCCAUGGAAGUGGUCGACAUGUUAAAUGAUAUGUACAAGAACUUUGAUCAAAUCCUUGACAAUCACGAUGUUUAUAAGGUGGAGACCAUUGGAGACGCCUACAUGGUGGCAUCAGGUUUACCAGAGCGGAAUGGAAAUAGACACGCGGUCGACAUCUCUCGCAUGGCGCUGGACAUUUUGAACUUCAUGGGGUCAUUUGAGCUGGCCCACCUUCCAAGCCUGCCUAUAUGGAUUCGGAUUGGUAUUCACUCAGGUCCUUGUGCUGCGGGUGUGGUAGGAACCAAGAUGCCCCGUUACUGCCUGUUUGGGGAUGUGGUCAACACAGCCUCGCGUAUGGAGUCCACAGGAUUACCAUUGAGAAUUCAUGUUAACCAGUCAACGAUCAAUAUACUGAAGAGGACAUCUUGUAAAUUUGAAUAUGAGAUGCGAGGAGAGACAUAUCUGAAGGGACGGGGAACUGAGGUUACCUAUUGGCUCAUGGGAGAAACAGACCGCAAUCUGAAGCUGCCAGCAGCCCCUUCAGCGGAAAACUUGCAGCGACUUCAGGCUGACUUUGCUGAGAUGAUUAUCAAGUCUCUGGAGAAGCGGAGAGCGUCCGAGUGCAAGACAGUAACUAAAGAGGAACUUGAAUACCUGCAGCUUGGCUCUGCAGAGUUACUCAGCACCUACUUGUAGCUGUGAGGAACAGGAUAACUGUUUCCUGGAACUGCUUGCAUGCACCAUUCUUCAAACGUUUACUCUUGAUUUUAAAAGUAUAUGAUAUGUGAAACUAUUGCUGCUGAGUAUGUGUGCCUUUCCGAGAAAAUGCUGGGGCACAGAACAUCUUUUCUAGUUUCAGUGUCAGGUUCCUUUGGGUGUGGUGUAGCAGGGGUGGCCUACAGAGUGACCUCGCUUUGUGCUCAGCUUUAUUAAGGGGCUGUAGGUGAGGUGUUGCUCACUGCAGGCAUGGUGUGAAUUUCUCAAGUGUCAGCUGAAAUUCUUUCAACACUGAGCCAAUGUCUGAAGCAAAAGUCCCAGACUGACCUUGUACACAAUGCUGAGAAAGACUUUCAGAAGUUAAAGCCCAGAUCUGAUUAUUCAGACAGAAGGACCCCAUGCUGUGAAGGGGCUCUCCCAUUAUCCUGGCCAAUAAUCUCACCCUAGCCUAUGUCAGCAACUGAAUAACCAACAUAUUAAUGGAAUGUUUGUCAGCGUAAUAGGUCAUCUCAGUUUGCCCAUAAAAUAGUGACUGCACGUCGAAGUUAUUUUGUUGUCCACAAAACAUAUUUGAACAUCCUGAAUGUGGAAAAGCCUUCACAUAAAUACAACCAUUUUAGUUUUUUGCAAUUCUUCUUUGCAGCACAGGCAGCGUAGUGGUUAGCACAUCGCUUUACAGUAUGGAUGACCCAGAUUCAAUUCUUGCCACCGCCUGUAGGGAGUUUGUACCUUCUCCCUAUGACUGGGUUUCCUCCGGGUGCUCUGGUUUCCUCUCAUAAUCCAAAGAUGUACUGGUCGGUAGGUUAAUUGGUCAUUGUAAAUUGUCCCGUGAUCAGGCAAGUGGUAACUAGGCAGGUUGCUAUUGGUGCUGGUAUAAAUAACUAAAAAUAAAUAGGAACAGCUUUAGUUAGAAGCAAUAUGUUGUACUUAUUAACUUCAGAUUCUUGAUUGAUCAGGGCAUGGAAGGAUUCGGGGAGCAGGCAGGGGAUUGGGGCCGAGAAGAAAAAUGGAUCAGCCGUGGUGAAAUGGCCCGAGCAGACUCGAUGGGCCAGGUGGCCUAAUUCUGCUCCUAUGUCUUAUGGUCUUAUACUGCACCAUCAACUACUUCCACAGCAGAUGCAACAUUUAAAGCUUUCUCUACACUGUCUCAUCCAUGGUCUUCAGGUCAGGUACUUCGAGGCAACACAGGACUUGAUGCUGUUACAUCAACCUUCUAUUCAGCUACAGCAGAGGCAUUCUCUACUUUACCCCUUACACCACCUCUGAGUGUAAUAGAGACUCAAGGAACUUAAGGCUCGUUCUACAUUGUCUCAUAAAUUGCCUUCAAUUCAGGUAUAUCAAAAUAGUUGUCCGAAAGUAAAUCUCUUUAAACCCUCCUGGGUACGUGCCCCAUUCUCAGAAGAAGUCUCCUGAAGUAUCUCUCAGUGCAAUAUUCUGUUUCCACCACUGCAUCUUUUGUCCAGAAUAUGCACCACCAGUCCAACUGCUCCAUUACUCCAAAUUAUUUGUGCUUUGGACUUGGUUGGUUUGCUGUGUUGGAUCUGUGCUUCAUUUGAAUUAGGAACACAGAGAAACUGCUUCUCCCCUUGAGUUGUGACAUUUAACAAGAUCACAGCUGAUCCAAUUGAAACCUUACCUCUACAUUAUCAUCUACCUGUGGUAGCUUUUCUCCCAGUGUCACCUGUUUGAUGUAGUCCUGUGACUCUCAUUUCACGAAGACAGUUCAAUGAAGAUGUACGGAGAGAAGGGGGAGAUGGCUGAUGGAGGGAAAUUUGCCCCUGGAGUAAAUCUACCUCUCCCCCCCCCCUCCAUUCUGACUCACUGACUGGCCUAGCAAAGCUGUGUGUUUUUUUUGUGAGCAAAUUCAUAUGGAAAGGCACUUAAUUUCAUUUCUUGAUAUUAAAUAAUAUAAAUAUUUAUAUUACUGAUGCAGUGGUAGUUAAGAAUUGGAGUGUAGAAUAGGCAGACGGUGAUUUCAGCUGACAAGAGAAACAGCAGAGGUGAUUUUUCCUUUAUAACACCAUACUUUUUUAAUAUUCAUUUCUUAGACAUAUGGGCACCACAAACAAGAUCAGCACGUACUGCCCAUUUUUAUUUAUUCUUGAAGAAAUGGUGGUAACUCACCUUGAACAGAUGAAAUCCUACAGGGAGGUUGGGUAGGAAGUUCCAGGAUUUAGACUCCUCAACAAUGAAGGAAUGGUGAUAAAUUUCCAAAUCAGGAUGGUGUGUGACUUGGAGGAUAACAAAAUGGUGAUGGUGUUCCUCUACACCUGCUGGGCUUGUCUAUCUUGGUGGUGGAAGUCACAGCUUUGAGCAGUGCCACUGGAAAGACCCAAUUGAGUAACUGCAUUGCAAAUUUUAGUCAGCUCACACUGCAGCCACUGUGAAAUGAUGGUGGAAAGAAUGAAUGUUUAGGGGGGUGAGUGGGGUGCCAAUCAAGUAGACUGCUUUGUCCAUGGAUAGUGUUUAGGUACUUGAGAGCUGGUGGUGGUGCAUUCAUCCAGACAAGUGGAAACUAUUCCAUCACAUCCCUGACGUGCCUUGUAGAUGGUGGAAAGGCCUUGGGUUGUCAGAAUGUGAGCCAUUCUCCUUUGAGAUCCUGAGAUCAUUAACUUCUCUGUAGCCCUCCUACCUGAAUGUUUCAACUGACAAUUCAAACAAGGUGAAGCUGUGCCAAUUUUUGGGGAAUUUACUUGUGACUGAUAAAGAACCAGCUUAACUGAAAGAGGCAGUUCUACACAUGAAUAAGAUUGGGAAGAAGAUGUAGAGGAGCGGGUUGAAAAGAGAUUGCCAAGAGUUUGAAAAGGCUGGUUCACCCUUGAACAUCCACAGACUCAAAACCCAUGGAAGUGUUGUGAUGAACCCAAAGUAUUAUGGGAAAGGUAGUUGUAAUCAUUGUCAAUGAAUGUCAUCAGUGUAUGCUUAAUUCUUAUGAAAGUCAAUAAAUGCAAUUAUUUUA